CCCCUAUUCAACAAUCCCAACGUGCAAAGUCGAACAUGGCAGGCCAAAAGCGAUCACACGAUGGCAUGAACGUCGAUCAACAACCUUCCAAUUCCUCGCCGUUUGUGCCCAUGUUCGAAACUUUCCGAACGGAGUUGGACGAGCAUCAUGAUCGACGUGAGAGGGUCAUCAAAGUGUCCAGAGAUGUCACUGCGCAGAGUAAGAAGAUUAUUUUUGCAUUGCAGAGGGUACGAGAGAUCAACCGUCCCAUCCACGCCAGCAUAUCCAAAACCAUCACGCCCAUGUACAACACUAUUCGAGAACUCUUACAGUCCGUCGUGCCAGACCUGCAGAGCAUAAAUGCGAACCGGUACAGAGGCAACAUUUCUGGUGGGAUCCAGGAGUUCAUGGAGGCCGUUCUGUUCCAGCACUACCUCGAACAGCGGACGGUGAUGCGGUUCGACGAUGCGCAGCGACAACUUCCCGAUGGCAUCGUGCUCACGUAUGAAGAUUAUGCGCUGGGCGUGUUCGACAUGACGGGGGAGCUCAUGAGAUUUGCGAUCACUUACCUUGCGACGAAUGGGCAGUUGCCCGGAGUCAGUGGUGGAGACGACGCUGCGGAAGGCUCUGGUGGAGGAUCGAUACUGGCGGAUUUACAAGUCCUCAGGAGCGAGCUGGAGAAAUUGGAUGCGAGUGGGAGUUAUGGGCUCAAUAAAGACUUUGCUACCAAGAUGAAGACGACAAGGGCGAGUGUGGAGAAGGUUGAGAAUGGUGUGUAUAGUAUGAUCGUCAGAGGCAAGGAGAGGCCGAAGGGGUGGAGGCCGGACCUUGGGGAGGAUAAGGAUAGAGAGAGGCCCGAGGUUGAGAGUUAUUAACCUUGGUCCUGAUGCUGCUCACCUGAAGGUAUCCGAGAGUGUUGAUGUCCAUGACGAGAAAAGAGUUCUGCGAGAUGCCGCGUGUUCGGUCAGAGGAAGGAUACAUGGUGUCCUGUGCAGAGGGAAGUGCUGGUUAACGCCCUCAGUUUCGGCACUGGGGAGGCAAUUCCGGACCGCGAAAAUAUGUCACAGCGCUGUUCAUGCAAAAGGGAUUGGCAAGUUCCAAAUGCUGGGCUAUAUUAUGAGCUACUGAAGCAUUUGUUUGUCUGUUUGCCAUCAACCUUGCCGAUGCCACCACAUCACAUCAUGUCUGAGCCAAAGACAACAGAUAUAUCGCUUGUUUAUUCCUUGACCGGAUUCUCAUCUGCUUCCAGGAUACCCUCUUUGACCAACUGUUCCGGCUUGGGUCUCUGCU